AUGCAGUCUUCCAACGAAAAGGGUAUUUCUAUCGCAAUUGAUAGAGGCGGCACCUUCACAGAUUGCGUAGGAAACCCCGGAACAGGCCGACUUGAAGACGACAUCGUGAUAAAACUUCUCUCCGAAGAUCCAGCGAAUUACAAAGAUGCACCCCUUGAAGGAAUUCGACGGAUCAUAUCGAUCGUCACGGGCCGUGAAAUUCCCCGAGGAGAAGCCAUCGACACUUCCCUGAUCAAAUCUAUCCGCAUGGGUACAACGGUAGCAACCAACGCCUUACUCGAACGCAAAGGAGAAAAGAUCGCCCUGGUUGUAACCCAAGGAUUUAGAGAUUGCCUUCAGAUUGGGAAUCAGUCUCGGCCGAAAAUCUUUGAUCUUGCUAUUCAACGGCCUGAGGUGCUCUAUGAGGAGGUGGUUGAGAUUGAGGAGCGGGUUACUUUGGAAGAUUACGCGGAGGAUCCGGAGCGGCAUGUCACGGAUACAGAUCCGCGUGGGCAGAGUUCAAGCGAUGCAAAGGUCGUACGCGGACUUUCUUCCGAAGCAGUCCGUAUUCUCAAAAGCCCGUCUGAGAAUGAGAUCAAGACACAGCUUCAACAAGUCUAUGAUCGAGGAAUUCGAAGUAUAGCAGUCUGUCUUAUGCAUGGCUACACAUUUCCCGACCACGAAGCUUUGGUUGGACGAAUCGCUACAGAAAUCGGUUUCGACCAUGUCAGCCUGAGCCAUGAGUUGAUGCCCAUGAUCAAAUUAGUGCCGCGAGCAACGUCCGCCUGCGCCGAUGCCUAUCUAACACCCACGAUAAAGAAGUAUAUUUCCGGCUUUCAGGCCGGGUUCUCCGGAGGUCUUGGGAGUGAGAGUGUGAAGCGUGAAGAUAGUUCGCACAGUGCUCGAUGCGAGUUCAUGCAAUCGGAUGGAGGAUUAGUUGACGUGGACCAAUUCUCCGGACUACGGGCGAUUCUGUCAGGACCAGCAGGCGGGGUUGUGGGAUACGCAUUGACAUCCUAUGAUCCUGUAUCGAAAAUCCCUGUCAUUGGCUUUGAUAUGGGUGGAACCAGCACGGAUGUUAGUAGGUACGGUUCUGGUCGAUAUGAACAUGUGUUUGAGACCACUACGGCCGGAGUGACUAUCCAGUCUCCGCAGCUGGACAUCAAUACCGUCGCAGCUGGUGGCGGCUCCAGACUAUUCUAUCGCAAUGAGUUAUUUGUCGUCGGUCCUGAAUCUGCAGGUGCCCAUCCGGGACCUGCUUGUUAUCGCAAAGGUGGACCUUUGACGGUGACGGAUGCGAAUCUCUUUCUAGGCAGACUCAUUCCAGACUUCUUUCCAAGGAUAUUUGGACCAGACGAGAAUCAGGGCUUGGAUGAGCAAGCAAGUCGUGACUUAUUCGAGAAACUCACGGUCGAAAUUAAUGAGAAAAUUGCGUCGAGUGGUCACAGCAACAAAAUGUCACCUGAUGAAGUUGCAUUUGGAUUCAUCAAGAUUGCCAACGAAACUAUGACUCGACCCAUUCGAUCCUUGACUGAGGCGAAAGGACACGAUACCUCGAAGCAUCGCUUGGCCACCUUCGGGGGUGCUGGGGGCCAGCAUGCCGUAGCCAUCGCAGAGAAUCUCGGCAUUCGCCAAAUUCUGAUCCAUCGGUAUUCGUCCGUCCUGUCCGCAUACGGAAUGGCAUUGGCGGAUGUCGUUGAUGAAAGCCAGGAGCCAGAAUCCAAGACAUGGCGUGAUGACGACAAAGCAGUUCUGCAAGAGCUUGCGAAGAAAAUGACCGAGCUGAAGCAGCGAUCUGCCACAAGACUCAAGGAGCAAGGCUUUGAAGACGAAUCUGUGGUAUUUGAAGAAUAUCUCAACAUGCGAUAUCGAGGUACAGAAUCUGCUCUGAUGAUCCUAAGGCCCAGUAGAGAAGAUGCAGAUGAGCAUUUCGGCGGCGACGACUGGGCCUUCGGCAAAGCAUUUGUGCAACAGCACGAACAAGAGUUCGGCUUCACUCUUCCAGACCGCGAUAUAAUCGUCGAUGAUGUCCGAGUACGCGGGAUCGGGAAGACCUUUGAAGCAUCCGAGAAGACGGUCGACCAGCAGCUCCGAGAAUCAAAGCCAAUCGACGUCGUGGGCCGUGAAUAUCGAAAGUCCCAAGUAUAUUUCGAAGGCGGUCGACACGAAACACCAAUCUACAAACUGGACGAUCUCCAAAUAAACGACCGAGUGAAAGGGCCAGCCAUCUUAGCAGACGACACCCAAACGAUCGUGGUGACUCCAGGAGCCUACGCACUACUAACAAAGACCCACGUCGUCAUCAAUAUCGGAGAAUCCGAUUCCAAUCCGCCCUCAAUCAGCACCGAUGCCGUGGACCCUAUCUUGUUAAGCGUUUUCUCGCAUCGAUUCAUGGCAAUUGCGGAGCAAAUGGGUCGUGCUUUGCAGAAAACAAGUGUUAGCACGAAUGUUAAGGAACGACUUGACUAUUCGUGCGCAUUAUUUGAUCCGGAUGGUGGUUUGGUUGCUAAUGCACCUCACUUGCCGGUUCAUCUUGGGAGCAUGUCAACAUGUGUACGAAUGCAAGCCGAGCUUUGGAAAGGAAAUUUGAAACCUGGGGACGUAUUGGUUUCCAACUCGCCGUGUCGGGGUGGAACACAUCUUCCUGAUAUCACAGUGAUCCAACCGGCUUUUAGCGAAGGAAAGAUAAUUUUCUAUGUGGCUUCAAGAGCACACCAUGCUGACAUCGGAGGUAUUCUCCCCGGAUCAAUGCCACCCCAUUCAAAAGAACUCUACCAAGAAGGCGCGCGCAUCAAAAGCGAGAAGCUGGUAUCAGAAGGCAAAUUCAACGAAAAGCGUAUCACGGAACUCCUCUACGACGAACCUGCCCAGUAUCCCGAGUGCAGUGGAACCCGGUGUCUCGCAGAUAACCUGAACGAUCUCAAAGCCCAAAUUGCAGCCAACAAGAAAGGAAUCACAUUGAUAAAUACCCUCAUUGAAGAAUACGGCGAGAACGUGGUCCUGUUCUACAUGCAUCAGAUCCAAGCCAAUGCCGAACUCAGUGUGCGGAAUCUCUUGAAGGAAGUCAGUCAAAAGUUCUCGGGCAGGGAUCUCAGUGCCAUUGACUAUAUGGACGAUGGUACCCCCAUUCAACUAAAGAUCUCCAUCGAUGCAGAGAAAGGCGAAGCGAUGUUCGACUUUGAAGGGACCGGUCCGGAGGUAUACGGUAUGAUAGUCCACUUCACUCCACUCAACAGCGCUCGCAGUAGAUCGAGUGGUCUUCUAACAGCCAAAAUCACUGACGGCAAUAUAGGCAACGUCAAUGCCCCAGAGGCUGUUACAUACUCCGCAAUCAUAUACUGUCUGCGAUGCCUAAUCUCAGAAGAUAUCCCCCUCAACCAGGGAUGUCUGAAACCAAUCGGUGUUCGAAUUCCGCCAAAUAGUCUCCUCUCCCCAUCCGAGACCGCAGCGGUCGUAGGAGGCAACGUAUUAACGAGCCAACGAGUAACAGACGUAAUCCUAAAAUGCUUCCAAGCAUGCGCCGCCUCCCAAGGCGACACAAACAACCUAACAUUCGGCUUCGGCGGUAACCGCGCAGGCGAGGCCGAAAAGAAGGGCUUCGGCUACUACGAGACCAUCGCCGGCGGCAGCGGUGCAGGACCAGACUGGGAGGGAACAUCCGGAGUACACACCCAUAUGACCAACACUCGAAUCACGGAUGCGGAAGUCUUCGAGCGUCGCUAUCCCGUUUUACUUCGAGAAUUCAGUCUGCGGCCGAAUUCUGGGGGUAGGGGCCAGCAUCGGGGUGGAGAUGGAGUUAUUCGGGAUAUCGAGUUUCGCAUUCCUGUUCAGGUUUCUAUUCUCUCUGAGCGACGGGUUUAUCAUCCGUAUGGACUUGAGGGGGGUGAGGAUGCGCAGUGUGGACAGAAUCUUUGGAUUCGGAGGGUUGCGAAACCUGAUGGGAGUUGGGGGGGAGAGGUGUAUUAG